AUGGGAGAGUACUCGAAAGCACUUUCAUCCCAUGAAAAGUCACUUGAAAUCUCCUUGAAAUCUCUCCCUCCAAAUCAUCCCGAUUUGGCUGCCAGCUACAGCCAGUUAGGAAGAGUGCACCGCUCCAUGCAGGAUUACUUGAAAGCACUUGCAUUUUUUCAAAGGACGCUGGAAAUCUUGCAGAAAAUACUCGCUGAAGAGCAUCCAAAUUUGGCUAUUACCUACAGCAACAUUGGUGAUGUUUAUCGAUUAACUGGUGACUACUCGAGCGCACUUUCAUUCCAUCAAAAGGCGGUUCAAAUUCAGGAAAGCAUUGAAAGCAAUCAUCUAGAUUUGGCUACAACAUACAACAACUUGGGUGAGACUUAUCGGGAAAUGAGAGAUUAUUCAACAGCUCUCACAUUUCAAGAAAAAGCACUUGAAAUCCGUGAAAAGUUGCUGCCACAAAUUCAUCCGGAUUUGGCGUCGUCACAUCACAACAUGGCUAAAGUUUACAAAGCCACUCGAAAAUACAGUGUGGCAAAUGAGCAUGCCAGAGAGGCUGUUGAAAUGGCUGAACAAAAGCUACCUGAAAAACAUCCACAGCUAUUCAAGUAUAGAGAGACGCUAUUAGAGACACGGAAGAAGUUGUAA